AGCCCGAGGUCCCUCGCAACCGCCCUGCUGCUCGCGGGCCGGGGAGGGUCCAGAGGCCCAACCGCACAGGCCAGCAGGCGCCAGCACCUCCGCAGGGGGCCGGGGACGUGAGAGAGCGCAUUCCGAGUGGAGGACACGGUCCCAUGGAUUUCAAAGGAUUCUGGCCUGGAAUUGCCUGGAUGGACUAGUAAGACUGCCUUUUGCUAUUUCAAAUAUAAUCCUCUGGAAAUGAUGAGGGUUUGAGGGUGGGAGAUGAUGAUAAGCUGAAGUCAUGGGGUGCACACCUUCCCACAGUGACAUUGUGAACACCGUGGCUAAGAGUGGCAUCCAGUUUUUUAAAAAGCCCAAAUCAAUUCUGCCAGGAAGUUGGGGUGGCAGUGAGAGAUGCUCCACCCCUUUGCUGGUCCGAAGCUCCACCUGCUAUGACUCUGGGGGGGACUUGUCCCAGGGACAGAGGCUCACAGAGGCUCAGCCAGGUCCCAGAUGGACCCCAACCAUGGCUGAAGGUCAUUGUGAGCUUGCAAGAGAUUCCACAACAGGCGAAAAGAAAGAUCUGGAAGGGCUGGUCCCAGAAACCAAAACUUCCCCAUCCCAGCUGAACAAAUUACAAAGCUACCUGGCUAAGGACAUUCCAUUCAAGACACAGAGCUCCCAGGAGUUUCAAGGGGCAGCCUUGUCUGGGGAAGACAGUGCAGAAAGCAACACCCGGGAGACCUCCAUGUGGGAAAAGAAGCCAAAAUACCACAGCUCAGGGCAACAGGAUCUUAGCUGCCAAACCACCCUUCCUGCUUGGGGGUCUGCAGGCAAAGUAGACUUUCCCGAGCCCCUCGUGCAGGCCCACCAGCACGCUUACACCUACCUGCACUCCUGCCUCUCCAAAUACGAGGCAAUUCUGAGCCUCGCCCAUCAGGUCUCCCAGACCCAGGAGCUGCUGCAGCCCAUGGUCAGCUUCCUGCUGCUGUGCUUUGAUGAGGUCAACCAGCUCUUGGGGGAGAUCUCCAAGGAUGGAGAAGUGCUCCUCCGGGAAGUCAAGGAGGAUCUGGCUUGGCCGUUGAGGAAAGGGGAGCCCCCGGAGCAGCCAGAUCUCCUGCAGCAGCUUCUGCAGUACACGGUCAGCAGGCUGCAGGGGCUCAGUGGCACGGUGGCGUCGCUCACCAGUAGUUUCCUGGAGAGCUCCAGCAGCUACCUCCAAGCCACUGCAGGCCACUUGGGAAAUAAGCUGAGCACGAAGAGGAGUGUGGAUGAGCACCUCCUAAGGGCUCUGGGGCAGCUAGAGAGCUUGGCGAGUGGCCACAGUGACCCUGGGGCACAGGGUCUACCCUUGUGCUCUGAGGACAGUGGCAUUGGUGCGGACAAUGAGUCUGUGCACCUGGCGGACAAGCUGGGCAAGCAAGCCAGCUUGGACUUAAUGGCGGAGCCUGCACAAUGGAAGCCAGGGACUUCACCCACAGGGGAGGCCAGACUGUUGGGACAUGCCUGGCAGCAAAGCCCAUUCUGGAUGUGUUCAGACAGAUUCCAGGACUGCCCACUCUCAAAGCCUCCUAUGGCAAAGGUUCAUCCAGCAGCACAGGGUGGAGCAGGGAGCCUGGGUCCCUCCAGCUCAGGCCCAGAAGAUGCUACCUCCAGGCCGCUGGGGCUGGGCAAAGGCAGUCCAAGUGACUCCUCUGGGGCUGGGAUCUCCACAGAAGCACAUCUUUCUAAAGGCUCUGGGUUGGUGCGUACCCCAUCCCUCAGUGAAGUGGGAGGCAGCAGCACAGAGGAAGAAGACAAUUUCCAUCUGAGGCCUCGGUCUUCACCUGCUGGCCCGGAAAGCCCAUUUCAGCCACACCCCAGGGGGCUUAGGAGCCUCCAAGCACAGGAAAUGAUUCUGAAGAUGAAGGAAGCCAUCAGUGAACGGAUCAAGUUUGUCCCUGUGUUCUCUGGGCACGAGGAUUGGGCUGAGGAGGAGGAGAGGACGGUGGUCCCACCAAGACCUAGCCUGGUCAGUGGCAGUGAGCGGGCCCCCGAGAGGCAGAGGAGGUCCCAGUCAGAGGCAUGUCUUAAGAAGCAGGGGGAGGAGCCCUCCCUCCAGGAGCUGCGGAGGGUCCAGAGAGACCUGGGCCAGCGGCUGGAGGUGUUCUACGCCCUGCGUGCCCGGCGCGCCCAGCGGCAGGGGCGGAGCAGGGAGCAGGCCCUGCAGCCCAGAGCAGCGCCUCUGAAGCCCGGCAGCCACAGCAGCGUAGCCCCAAGCAGCACUGUCAGCAAGCUGAAGGCAUCUCUGAGCAAGAAUUUCAGCAUUUUGCCAAGUCAGGACAGGAGCAUUUUGCAGAAAUGCAGUCCCCACCCUCAGGGUGAACAGCCCUGGCAGGGGAAAGCUGAGGGGCUUCCGGGUGCCGGCCCAUCAGGGGACAGAGCCGGUGAGGCUCCCAGGGCCAAGGACUGGGACGUCAGGGGCCAUCCCACCAGAACGUCAGUCAAAAAACUCAUUGAAACGUUCAGUCCCACUGAGAGUCUGCAGACACUGGGGGAGUCCACGGACUCUGGGCUGAGCCCCUGCCUCAAGAAGUGGGGGGUCCCCAUCUUGCUUCCCAGAUUUCCCAUUUACAGGGGGCUUGCCCCGUUGUAUCCAAAGCCCCGAAUUUCUCCAGCAGCGGGCCCAGGCUGGAGGCCCUUAGCUCCUGUCUGUCUCCCUUUGUCAACAGCAUCGGUGAGUGAGGACCUCCACUAUGAAGCAGAGGAGGACCCAAAGCACCUCCCUCCCCCGCCUCUGGAAAUCCUGAUGGACAAAUCAUUCACGUCUCUGGAGCCCCCCGAAAGCAGCAAGCCGGCAGGGAGCUUUCCUGAAGGGACCCAUGUGUCAGGGCUGGAAGAGGCUGGUCCUGCCCGGAGAACGUGGGUUUCCCCAAAGCUAAGAGCCUCCAUGAGCCCCGCUGCCCUGCUGCCCCGCAGGAGCACGGCCACCCCCAGCAGGCCCUGCAGCACAGGGCCAGGGAGCAGCAAAGGCGGCUGCAGUCCUGGAAAGCUGGCCUUGGACCUCAGGGCCCCGCCAGCAGCCGGCGGAAGCCCAGAGAUGGAGGACGGCGGGGCUCCGAGGCUGGCACGAGCGGACGGGGCUGCGAGCCCCUCCAAGCAGCCCCGGAAGGCAGCCCCCUGGCACCACUCCAGCCACGCAGCAGGGCAGAACAGGACCUCGGAACCCAGCCUGCCCAGACCAAUUCGGGGGCCACAUUCUUCUGAGGCUCCAAGGCAGAGCCAAGAGAGAAGCUGCCCACUGGCCGGGAAGGCCUCUCCUAUGAGGGCACACUGGGCCCCCAGAACAGACAAGAGGCACCCAAGCCUGCCCUCCUCUCACCGACCAGCUCGCCCAAGUGUCCCCUCUGUGCAUGGGUCCCCCAGCCCAACAAUCAGCCCCCUGGCGAGCCCCAGGACACUAAGCCCCCCAACAGUGACGAAAGGAGCUUCCCCGCUACCCCAGCACAAGCUGCCCAGCCCUCCCCCUGAGAGCCCACUGGCUCAGCACAGGAUCUCCAGCCCGCCUACCCCGUGCACAGAAGCAAGUCCCCCUCCCUCUGGUCCCUCCCCACCCCCGCCAGGGUCCCCCACUCAGGGGCACAAGGAAACAAGAGAUUCUGAAGACAAUCGGGCAGCCACGGCCACAGCAUCUGGGAACACAGGUCCCAUAUUUUGUCCUGCCACCUCCUCUCUGUUUGAGGCUAAAUCACCAUUCUCAACAGCCCACCCACUCACUCCAUCGCUGCCGCCUGAAGCGGGGGCACCUCGUGAGCCGCCCACAGGAUGCUGGAGGAGCCGCUUAGGGCCACGCCUGAGGGGGGGCUCACAGCGGGGAACGACUCUGUGUGCCCUCAACCCUCAGCCCUUCGUCAGAAGAACAGCCUCUGAGCGCCAGCCGGGUGUCCGCCUCCGCCUGCCUGUCCCAGGUGCCACCAGCAAAGCUUGUGAACCCCAGCUUGGCCAGAGCAGCCACAGCAGUGAGGAGAGCCCCCGGAAGGGCACAGAGCUGUGGGGCAGCCCCUGGGCCCCAGAACCGAAGGACACCGGCAGGUCGGCAUCCCAUCCAGAGCUCUGCGUGCUGGGCCACGGGCUGCACCGGGAGGCCAGUGCCAGCCGCACCCAGGACAAGCCCCAGCAGAAGGAAGUGGCCUGACAGGCUGGCCAACAGAGUCACACUGAUGCCAGUCACCCCAGAAGGCAAAGGGUGACAGCCAUGCGUCAGGCUGCCCCAUAGAUGGUGGGCCAACCGCUCCUAAGCUGUU